GGCGUCGCCAGCAUCGAGCGAGGCAUCCGAUCAUGGGACACAAACUUAGUUGAAUGCAACUUGGAUCAAGAACUUAAACUUUUCGUGUCUCGCCAUUCAGCUCGAUUUUCUCCCGAAGUUCGAGGUCAAAAAAUCCUUCACCACAGAAGCGAUGUCUUAGAAACUGUAGUCCUGAUCAAUCCCUCAGAUGAAGCUGUUAGCACUGAGGUGCGUUUAAUGAUCACAGAUGCUGCRAGACACAAGCUCCUUGUGCUCACUGGACAGUGCUUUGAAAACACAGGAGAACUCAUUCUCCAGUCAGGAUCCUUCUCCUUCCAGAACUUCAUUGAGAUCUUCACAGAUCAAGAGAUCGGUGAGUUAUUAAGUACUACACACCCUGCCAACAAAGCCAGCUUAACUCUCUUCUGCCCUGAGGAAGGGGACUGGAAAAAUUCCAACCUUGACAGACACAACCUUCAAGACUUCAUUAAUAUUAAGCUCAACUCAGCUUCCAUAUUGCCCGAAAUGGAAGGACUCUCUGAAUUCACAGAGUAUCUGUCAGAAUCAGUAGAAGUGCCAUCACCCUUUGACAUUUUGGAACCUCCGACCUCAGGAGGCUUUCUGAAACUCUCCAAACCCUGCUGUUAUAUUUUUCCGGGCGGCAGAGGGGACUCUGCAUUGUUUGCAGUGAAUGGAUUCAACAUGCUCAUCAAUGGAGGAUCUGAAAGAAAAUCUUGCUUCUGGAAACUUAUCCGGCACUUGGACAGAGUCGAUUCCAUUCUGCUCACUCAUAUUGGAGAUGAUAACCUGCCAGGAAUCAAUAGCAUGCUGCAGAGAAAGAUAGCUGAGCUGGAAGAGGAACAGUCCCAAGGGUCUACGACCAACAGUGACUGGAUGAAAAAUCUGAUCUCGCCCGAUUUAGGAGUUGUAUUCCUCAAUGUACCUGAGAACCUGAAGAACCUUGAUCCUAACUUGAGAGUAAAAAGGAGUGUAGAGGAAGCUUGUUUCACUCUCCAGUAUUUAAAUAAAUUGUCUAUGAGACCAGAGCCUCUUUUUAGAAAUGUAGGAAAUACCAUUGACCCCAUCAUUUUAUUUCAGAAAAUGGGAGUUGGCAAACUUGAGAUGUAUGUGCUUAAUCCUGUCAAAAACAGCAAGGAGAUGCAAUAUUUUAUGCAACAGUGGAGUGGUACUAAUAAAGAUAAAGCUGAAUUCCUGCUACCAAACGGCCAAGAAGUAGAUAUUCCAUUAUCCUAUUUCACCUCUGUCUCGUCCCUGAUUGUAUGGCAUCCAGCUAACCCUGCAGAAAAAAUUAUUCGAGUUCUGUUUCCUGGAAACAGUACCCAGUAUAACAUUUUAGAAGGACUGGAAAAACUCAAGCAUUUAGACUUCCUUAAACAACCAACAGUAACACAGAAAGACCUAACUGGGAACAUUGCUAGUCCAGCUGUGAAACAAGCAAAGCUCAAACAGAGAACAGACAGCAAGGAGAGCCUUAAGCCUGCUGCAAAGACCCCUCCAAGCAAAUCAGUCAGAAAAGAAUCUAAAGAAGAAACACCAGAACCACCAAAACCUAGUCCGGCACCAGAAAAGCCUCAGAAAAUAGAAAGCAAAGAAAAAGUUCCAGUCAAAAAAGAGAAACCAGUGAAAGUGGAGACCAAGCCUGUAGUGGCAGAAAAAGAUGUAACAAGUAAAGAAGAGCAGUUAGUGAAAUCGGAAACCGCUGAAAAGCAAGCUACAGAUGUAAAACCAAAAGUGGCAAAGGAGAAGCCGGUGAAAAAAGAAGUCAAAGCAAAACCUGAAGAAAAGAAGGAGGAGAAAGAAAAACCAAAGAAAGAGGUUUCUAAAAAAGAGGAGAAAACACCCAUCAAAAAAGAAGAAAAACCCAAGAAAGAAGAGAUCAAGAAAGAAGUUAAAAAGGAGGUGAAAAAGGAAGAGAAGAAGGAAGUUAAGAAAGAAGUGAAGAAAGAAGCUCCACCAAAGGAGGUUAAAAAGGAAGUUAAAAAAGAAGAGAAGAAGGAAAUUAAGAAGGAAGAAAAAGAAGUCAAAAAGGACAUCAAAAAGCUCCCGAAAGAAACAAAGAAGAUAUCUACUCCUUCAGCUGAAGCCAAAAAAACAGCAGCAAAACCUAAACCACAAAAGAAGGAGGAACCUGCUAAGAAAGAACCAGUAUCUGCUGGAAAGCCAAAAGAAAAGGGAAAGAUUAAGACUGUGAAGAAAGAUAUUAAAGUCAGUGGAGCGCAAGCUGCCCUUGCUGCAGUUGGAGCUGCUGCCACAACUGUAGCAACAGUAGCAGCUGCAGAAAUUGCAGCUAACGGAAAAGAACUUGAAGCUGAGAGGUCCCUAAUGUCUUCACCAGAGGAUUUAACAAAGGACUUUGAAGAACUGAAAGCUGAAGAAGUAGAAACAGUAAAAGAAACCAAGCCUAAAGYUGCACUCAUAGAGGAUGAACUGAAACUCACAGGCACAGUCCAAAAAGAAAAAUUAGAUAAUGAAGGACCUGCUGAAUCCUCUGAUGAAGGCAUAACUACCACAGAAGCUGAAGGUGAAUGUGAACAGACACCUGAAGAACUGGAACCCGUGGAGAAGCACAGGGUUGAUGACAAUGAGAAGUUUGAAGAUGAAGGAACUGGCUUGGAGGAAUCAUCUGAAGCAGGGGACUAUGAAGAAAAGGCAGAGACAGAAGAAGCUGAAGAGCGAGAAGAUGAGGAGGAAAAGACACUACUGGACACCACAAAACAGUAUAUGGAGGAAGUAAGAAAAAUGGAAGAGAGUUCAGAAGAUAUGCUGACUGAAGCAGAUGCUAGAAUUAAAGAUGAAAAAUAUAUUGAAAAGGCAGACUACGAGGCAUCAGAUGAACGCGCUGAGGAAGACAGGGAAGAAGCAGUGGAAAAGGCAGAAACUGAAGAAACUGAAGAGGAGGAGGAAGACAAAGCAGAAGAUGUCAGAGAUGAAGAGGAAACUGAAAAGAUAGAAGCUGAAGAAGAUUACGUGAUGGCAGUGGUAGACAAAGCUGCAGAAGCUGGUGAAGUUGAGGAUAAAUAUGGCCUCCUCAUAAUUACACCAACUAAACGCUCCGAACCUCAGUCUCCAGCAGUUGAGCCAGCUUCCUCUAUCCAUGAUGAGACAUUACCUGGUGGUUCAGAAAGUGAAGCCACUGUUUCUGAUGAAGAAAAUAGAGAAGAUCAACCUGAAGAAUUCACUGCUACGUCAGGUUAUACACAGUCUACCAUUGAAAUAUCCAGUGAACCAACUCCAAUGGAUGAGAUGUCUACACCGCGGGAUGUUAUGAGUGAUGAAACCAACAAUGAGGAAAGUGAGUCACCUUCUCAGGAGUACGUGAACAUUACCAAAUAUGAGACGUCUCUGUACUCUCAAGAAUUUAGUAGACCUAAACUCUCUCCGUUUCCAGAUGCUUUCAAUGGAUUAUCGGAAGGAUCCAAAACAGAGGCCACAGAAGGUAAAGACUAUAACGCUUCCGCUUCUACUAUCUCACCACCUUCUUCAUUAGAGGAAGACAAAUUCUGCAAAUCUGCMUUCCAAGAAGUAUAUAGGCAAAAAGAAAGUGAAAUCCAAGACACUGCCAAAUUAGAAAUCAAAGACACCUAUCCCGAAGAUGUUGGUGGAAAACACAGCCCAACCAAAAGUCCAGCGGAGAGUCUGUCCCCUCCAUCACCAGUUGCCAAAACACCACUAAGUGAACGGAGCGUGAACUUUUCACUCACUCCCAAUGAGAUCAAAGUCUCAGCUGAGCCUGUCCCCGUUGCAACAUUGCGUGAUGCACGUCAAGAAGUAACUGAAGAACAUUGUGCAAGUCCAGAAGAUAAAACAUUAGAAGUAGCAUCUCCUUCGCAGUCUGCUGCUGGUAGUGCUGGCCACACGCCUUAUUAUCAGUCUCCCACUGAUGAAAAAUCUAGUCAGCUUUCUUCUGAAAUCACUGAAAAGUCAGGAGAAGCUCCAGUUAGCUUUGAAUUCAGUGAAGAGAAAGAUGAGUCUGCAAAACACAGAAUAAGCCCCAUGGAUGAGCCUGUGCCAGAUUCAGAAUCUCCUAUUGAAAAAGUUCUCUCACCCUUACGGAGUCCACCCUUGAUAGGCUCAGAAACCUCUUAUGAUACAUUUCUGAGUGCGGAUGUAAAGUCUCCUGCCAGAGAUCGUGCAAGUCCUUCUGAGGGGAAAGCUGAAAAGGAAAAAUCACCUGUUCAGAUUAGCCCAACUUCUGAAGCCAACUCUGUGGGCCUUUUCCAAGAAAAACAAGAUGAAAAGAGCUUGGAAUUCAUGGCAAUUAAAGAAGGCUUCAGCCUAGAAAGGAAAAUGGAAGAUACAGAGCCUAGUAGCUCUCAGUCUUCACUGGUCUUGGAUGAGCGGAAGUUACCAGGCGAUCUCUCUCCUACACAAAUAGAUAUCAGUCAGUUUGGUUCCUUAAAAGAAGAUACCAAAAUGUCGAUUUCUGAAGGCACUGUUUCUGACAAGUCUGCAACACCUGUUGAUGAGGUUGUAGCAGAAGAUACCUAUUCUCAUAUAGAAGGAGUUGCUUCUGUCUCUACAGCAUCUGUUGCUACUAGUUCAUUCCCAGAACCAACUACUGAUGACGUAUCUCCCUCUUUGCAUGCUGAGGUUGGAUCCCCUCACUCCACAGAAGUUGAUGAUUCUCUUUCAGUGUCCGUUGUACAAACACCAACCACGUUUCAGGAAACAGAAAUGUCUCCAUCUAAGGAAGAGUGCCCAAGGCCGAUGUCAAUUUCUCCACCAGAUUUCUCACCUAAAACUGCAAAGUCAAGAACACCAGUGCACGAUCUUAGGUCUCCUGAGCACUCAACUAUGUCAGUAGAAUUUGGUCAAGAGUCUCCUGAGCAGUCUUUAGCAAUGGACUUUAGUAGACAGUCUCCAGAAUAUCCUACUGUAGGCACUAGUAUUCACCAUAUAUCUGAAAAUGGCCCAACUGAAGUAGAUUAUAGCCCUUCAGAUAUCCAGGAGCCUACUUUUGCACGGAAGAUAUCCCCUGUUGAGCAGACACCUUACUCUCAGGAGAAAGAUAUUUCAGAAAUUAUUUCAGUUUCUCAAAUUGAAGCUUCCUCUUCAACUUCAUCAGCUCAUACACCUUCCCAGGUAACUUCACCACUGCCAGAGGAAACUUUUGCAGGUGCUGUUCCACCCAGAGAUAUGUCACUACAUUCUUUUACCUCAGAAAAGGUGCAGGGCCUAGGAGAAAAGCUGUCGCCAAAGUCUGACCUAUCUCCUUUAACUCCAAGGGAGUCUUCUCCUCUCUACUCUCCUAGUUUUCCAGAUUCACCUCCUGCAGUCACAGAAGCAAUGUCAGCAAGUCACGCAUCAUCACUGUCACUGCAAGUAUCCUCUGAGAAAGCAUUUGGCUAUCAGGCUGGCACAUUACAAGAGCCACUAACAAAACAUAGUCCAGAACCUGUAGUCACUCCAGAGAAGGAAGAUUCGGAGAAAAGCAGCAGGUCACCAGAAGAACUUAGUUACUCUUAYGAGGCAACUGAGAGAGCUACAAGAUCGCCAGAGGAUAUUAGCUAUUCUUAUGAGGCAAUUGGAAAACCUACUAGAUCACCUCAGGCCACAGAUUAUUCCUAUGAGGCAACAGGGAGAACUUCAAAGUCACCUGAAACAACAGAUUAUUCUUAUGAGAUAAUCGGGAAAACUGUAAGGUCACCUGAAGCUAUGGAUUAUUCCUAUGAGAUGACAAAGAAAACUACCAGGUCACCUGAGGCUGCAGAUUACUCCUAUGAGACCACAGGGAAAACCACUAGAUCCCCCGGUGCCACAGAUUAUCUCUAUGAGACAACAGGGAAAACCACCAGAUCACCUGAGGCCACAGAUUAUUCCUAUGAGACAAUGGGGAAAACCACUGGAUCACCUGAGCCCACAGAUUAUUCCUAUGAGACAACAGGAAAAACUACCAGAUCCCCCGUGGCAACAGAUUAUUCCUAUGAGAUAACAGGGAAAACCACCGAAUCACCUGAGGCCACAGAUUAUUCCUAUGAGAUAAUUGGGAAAACCACUAAAUCACUUGAGGUUGCAGAUUAUUCCUAUGAGAGAACUGGAAAAGGCACCAGAUCACCUGAUCCCAUGGAUUACUCUUUUGAGACAACAGGGAAAACCACUAAAUCACCAGAAGCCCUUAGCUACUGCUAUGAGUCAACAGGGAGGACCUCUAGGUCACCGGAGGCCAUGGGUUACUCCUGUGAAACAACUGGAAAAGCUACUAGAUCACCUGAAGCUACAGAUUACUCCUUUGAGACAUCUGGGAGGGCCAGUAGGUCACCUGAUCCUACAGACUACUCAUUUGAGACAACUGGGAGGGCCACUAGGUCACCUGAUGCUACUAGCUAUGCCUAUGAAGCAAGUGGACAUUUUACUCCAACAAAAUCAUUAGCAGAAGCCCGUCAAGAUGUCGAUUUAUGUCUUGUGUCCUCCUGCGAAUAUAAACACCCUAAAACUGAACUUUCACCCUCAUUUAUCAACCCAAAUCCCCUAGAGUGGUUUGCAAGUGAAGAACAGUCUCAAGAUCCAGAAAAGCCAUUAACUCAGUCUGGAGGAGCCCAGCCUCCUUCCGGUGGGAAGCUGCCAGCACGGCAGUGUGAUGAAACGCCUCCCACCUCGGUAAGCGAGUCUGCCCCAUCUCAGACUGACUCUGAUGUCCCUCCUGAGACUGAAGAAUGCCCUUCCAUCACGGCAGAUGCUAACAUUGACUCUGAAGACGAGUCAGAAACCAUUCCGACRGACAAGACGAUUACAUACAAACACAUUGACCCUCCACCGGUCCCAAUGCAAGAUCGCAGCCCUUCCCCUAGGCACCCUGAUGUCUCCAUGGUUGAUCCAGAGGCUUUGCCUGUGGACCAGAAUUUGGGCAAACCUUUGAAGAAGGACCUCAAAGAGAAGACAAAAACAAAGAAGCAGGGGACCAAGACCAAGUCUUCCUCUCCUGCUAAAAAAAGUGACGGUAAAUCAAAACAAGUGGCGUCCCCAAAGCCAGCUGUAAAGGAAGCUUUAGACAAAAUUUCCAAAACGGCUUCCCCCAAAAAGAAGGAGUCUGUUGAGAAGGCAACCAAAAAUAUCUCAAAUCCAGAAGUAAAGGCUCGAGUGGAAGAAAAAGAUAAGGACACUAAGAAUGCAGCAAAUUCAACAACCUCCAAGUCGGUGAAGACUGCAACUGCAGGACCUGCCAAUAGUAAGUUGACAAAAGUGACCGCUGUGCCUCCGGGGCCGCCGGUGUAUUUGGAUCUUGUGUACAUCCCUAACCACAGCAACAGCAAGAAUGUCGACGUGGARUUCUUCAAGAGGGUCCGCUCAUCCUACUACGUGGUGAGCGGGAACGACGCUGCUGCCGAGGAGCCCAGCAGGGCUGUUCUAGACUCCCUGCUGGAGGGCAAGGCCCAGUGGGAGAGUAACAUGCAGGUGACCUUAAUCCCAACCCAUGACUCCGAAGUGAUGAGGGAAUGGUACCAAGAGACCCACGAGAAACAGCAGGACCUCAACAUCAUGGUUUUGGCAAGCAGCAGCACUGUUGUUAUGCAAGAUGAAUCUUUUCCUGCAUGCAAGAUUGAACUGUAAGAACAAGACCAUGCACCACAACAUUAAACUUUGUUUCCAGAAAUUCUUCAAUUUGAAAACACCUUUUCUAAAAAUUCAACCCAUCUAUUUCAACUGCUGAACUAUAUACCUGCCAAAUGCUAUACUGUGUCAAGGUGAUGCAAAUCACUAAUAUUUUUCAGUCUUUGCUGGUUGCUAAGGGAAAUAACAGUAUUCCCAUCGUAGGGAUCAAAUUACUGCGAAAAAACAGAUCCAGUUUCAUUUCCGCUGAACAUUUGGAAACCAUGCACUAGCAACCCCAACUGACUUCUGCCAGGUAGAGGCAUUUGCCCUCGAAAGAAACACAAAGAGAGAGAAAGAGAGAGAGGGGUAGGAGGAGAAAGUAAUCAAUAAUUAGAUCUGCAUUAGUCUCAUGGCAAUAGAUGUAUCGCUUACUGCAGUCUGCUUAUGCUCUAACAUGACAAGAAAGUUUUAAAUUUAUAUCCAUCUGAGCUAUUGCAAAGGGGGUCCUUACGGUACAGAAUUGUUAGCUGGAAAAUAAAAGGAAACAGAAUGUGGCUAGGAAGGGACAUACAACUAAACACUCAUUAGCAGUUACCACACUUUAAUUUGAGCUCUGCAUACUGACAUGCCAUAACAAUCCUAGACCAAAUAUGCAAGUAGUUUGAAUCCCGUUCAGAAUUUGAAAACCUUUCUUUCCACGUGCAGACAUGUUGGUCUAAGGCACGCUCCCAGUGAAAAUCCACCUCCCAAACUCAGAAUUGACCAGUCCACAUGCUUAAACACCCACGGCGACAGUCGAUUAACUGAAGCAAAAUACCAAAGCAGUUGGGAGUACAUACAGUAGACAAUUUGCCUUAGAAAGUGACUUGAAUGUACAAAGAAACUUGAUGCACUUAUUUUUUAAUGUCGAGACAGCAAGUUUAUAAAAAAACAUCUGUGUAGGAUCCUAGUCACACCAGUAAAGAAGUGUGAGUGUGCAUGUGCRGUACUAGAAGCCUACCUGACUGGUCAAAGGGCUUGGUGCUCUGAGUCACGCGUGUUAGGUAUGUGAUCCCUCCAUUGAUGCACCUGGACAGCUCAACAAGGCAAGACAAACAUGUUUUCCGCAAGCUUCUUUUGUCCUGUGGAAGCAAGAUUGGAGUGGUGUCCAGUAUCAGAGUUGCAAAACCUAGCGAAACAUUCAGGAUGACGAAAAAGGUUAUCUGCGAGUCUGUACAGUAUUCAAUCUUCCUUUGUCUUACCUUAUUUUGUUUAAUUUAAGAGUGAAUAUGGGAACAAAUGUACAGAUCCUUUUUUUUAGUGCUGCGUGAACUUUUAAUAGAUGAAUUUUUAACAAAAGUUUUCAUUUACAGGAAAACGCGAAGAAAAAAUUUUCAGGUGAAGG